AUGGGCCCCCAGUCCUUUCGGGCAAGGCUUCACAGUCGUCAGGUCGGCCGUGAUAAUGCAGUUUUGUCCUUUCACGAGGCUCCGAUCGACCGAGGCAAACGGCCGCUAGCGUGCGGGAUCUGCUUGAUUGGGGUUCGUUGCUGCUGGGCCGGUGACGGAGAUGCUAACCGAAAGGAGACGGCAGAUCAACAAUCCAAUUCCCAGACAGACGGAGCUAACCAGAUUGACUCCGGAGCACACCCUCUUUUCUACAGGUCCGGCGGGGCAGACGCUCGAAGAGAUUUGUCAAUGCAGGAUGUGGUGAAUGUCAGCGGUGUCUACCUACCAGGCCCAAUUCCAAGGAGGCACAAUACAACACUGCUGGGAUCAGUCGAGGCGACCACUUUGGCUGCUUGA